UAAUUCUCAGCUCCUAAUUCAAUCCUUCCAUUUCCGUCCAUAUUUUCUCUCUCUACCAGUCGCCAGCAAUGGAUACCCAUUCUCUCUCUACACUCAACCCGCGCCUCUGCUCGAGCUCAAUUGCUCGCCGCCGGAAACCUAACCACCGCAGUACACCCUGCUACAUCGGAUUUUCUUCGGCAAUCACGCCAACGCAACGCCUCGCGCCGCCGUCAUUCAAUGCUUCAGCCGGCGGACCAGCUCUCUGGCGGCUCAAAACCGGUGGUUCGGAGCUGAAUCGAUUGAAAUCGUCAUCGAAUGACGGUCAAUUUCUCGUUGGUUUGGAUGGUUCGCCGGAACCGAGUUUUGUGGAGUUCAUCACUUCGGAGAGGGUGAAGGUAGUGGCCAUGCUUGCGCUCGCUCUGGCGCUCUGCAACGCCGAUCGCGUCGUGAUGUCGGUGGCUAUAGUUCCGCUUUCUCAGUCGCGCGGUUGGGGACCGUCUUUCUCCGGUGUUGUUCAGUCAUCCUUUCUAUGGGGAUAUCUCAUAUCACCUAUAGCUGGAGGGACUCUGGUGGAUCGUUAUGGUGGUAAGGUGGUCAUGGCUUGGGGGGUAGCUUUGUGGUCUCUGGCUACCUUCCUUACUCCUUGGGCAGCGGAAUCAUCUUUAUUGGCUCUACUUGCAACACGGAUGCUGCUCGGUAUUGCAGAAGGCGUAGCCCUUCCUUGCAUGAAUAAUAUGAUAGCAAGAUGGUUUCCUCAAACUGAAAGGUCAAGGGCUGUGGGACUUGCAAUGGCAGGAUUUCAGCUUGGAAGUGCUAUUGGGCUCACACUUUCACCAAUUCUCAUGUCACAGGCAGGCAUAUAUGGUCCAUUUGUGAUAUUUGGAUUGUUUGGAUUUCUCUGGCUUUUAGUUUGGGUAUCAGCAACCUCAAGCUCUCCUAACCGAAGUCGUCAAAUAUCUAAGUUUGAACUAAGAUACAUACAGAGCACGCCAUCAGUACCCUCUAUAUCGAAAAGCCAAGCUGAAACAAGUAAAGGCAUUCCUCCUUUCAGACGUUUGCUCUCUAAGCUACCCACUUGGUCACUAAUUGUUGCAAAUGCUAUGCAUAGCUGGGGAUUUUUUGUUAUACUUUCAUGGAUGCCAAUCUACUUCAAGACGAUAUUUCAUGUUGACCUCAGACAUGCUGCAUGGUUUAGUGCUAUUCCAUGGAGUAUGAUGGCUCUCACAGGCUACCUUGCUGGUGUUUUAUCAGAUAUGAUGAUUCAACGAGGCAUUAGUGUCACUUUGACGCGCAAAAUUAUGCAGUCAAUUGGGUUUUUUGGUCCUGCCUUGGCUCUUGUUUGUUUAACAAUGGCAAGAAGCCCAUUCAUAGCAUCUGCUUGGCUAACUGUAGCUGUUGGGCUCAAAGCAUUUAGUCACUGUGGAUUCCUUGUUAACCUUCAGGAAAUUGCCCCACAAUACUCUGGUGUCCUGCAUGGCAUGUCUAACACUGGUGGAACCCUUGCUGCUAUAAUUGGAACAGUUGGUGCUGGGUUUUUUGUGGAAUUAGUCGGCUCCUUCAGAGGAUUUUUACUCCUCACAUCAUUCCUGUAUUUCUCUGCAGCAGUAUUCUACAAUGUCUUCUCUACUGGAGAAAGGGUCAAUUUUGAUGAUGAAACUUCUGCUUAGUUCUUGUCAGAUUUUACAUGUUCUGCUUGUUUAGCCAUCUAGUUUAAGAGGACUACGUGUGAUCCGGAUUCCGGAAGGGCUAUACGGUUAAUGAAUAAAUUUGACUGUAAGAGUAUCGUUCAUAUUUUGUGUACAAACAGACUGAUGAGCACCUGCGGAGAUGGGAUAGGAUUGUAAAUAACUGUAAAUUUGGCUAUUUUUGCAAUGGAAAUAAGGUCAGUUGAUUCAUGUAUAACCAAA